AUGAAUGCAUAGUUUUGCCUCAGUUGCACAAAUUUCUCAUUUUUCAAAACAUUUUCUGUAGGAUGGUAAAAGUUUUAAAUUCAAAGGAAUAUUCCAUUGAAUGCAAGCUAUGAGACGGUAAUCAGGCGUGGAAGAAAUAGUACAUCUUAAUUUGCAGAUUUGUGGAUUAUUUUUAGUUGCACUUUUGGCAGUGAAUUAGGGUGGAUGACCAAAACAGAAUUUCAGUGUACGAUCGUAUAUAAAUAAUUAGCAUCAUGUACAAACGAAUAAAGCACGUUCAGUCAAGAGUGAAACUAUUUAGUUCUAGGAUGCAACGUGCUUGAUUGAAAUUUUUAUUUGAAUAUAUGUGUUGUCUUCCAUCAGAUUCAGGAAACAAUUUGCCACAAAGUAUCUUUUCCAAUUGUUGGCACUAAAUAUAAUCACAGAUAGGAAAUCCAUCAACACUAUUGUUAGGACACGGAAUUGUUGACAUUUUGAAUUGUGGGUUGCAAGCUGUCUAAUUUAUCAACUAAAGAAUCAGGGUAAAAUCACCAAUUUUUUUCUAGGUUUUGUUCUCAUAAACAAAAUACAAAUUCCGAAAAACAUGAAACUUCGGAACAAAGUUACAAUAACACAAUUACAAGUGCAGAACUCCACUGUCAUUUAAAACUUAGCAACUUACCUAACGAUCAGCAGGAUUUAAUAAAGAUUUGCAUUUUCCAAAUAUCCUCGUAACAUGUUAGUCAAAUGAAUACGAUUCAUCGAACCUAUUCUUUUUUGGUGACGCAAAACUCUGCGCACACCAUCGACCGAAAUCGUGUAUUGAAAAUAGGGGCUCGUCAGUUGUCUCAAUGGAACCGGCAAGCUUGGAUACGUGCGUCAUACACGAUAAUGUUGGCUGAAAUAGCAAAUAGCUUGAGACGCAAAAACAAAAUAGGAAAAAAGAUCAAGCAUGUGUUAGUCGAACAGAAGUGUUAAUGUUAUCGCUUUUCUGCCAUUCUACGCCCAAUGGUCUCAUGUACCUACACAGGCAACCGAAAUAAACAUAAUUGAAUUCAAUGACAAUAUUUACCUCUUUGGAAAUAAUAACGUACAAUAAUUAAUCAGAUGCAGAUUGAUUUAGCUUAUGUUUUUAUGUAAAAUGUUUAAUGGAACUUCUUGCAUUAUUGGAUCUAAAAAAGAUUUCGAAAUGGUGACAGUCACACGAGUUUUAUUUAUCAUGAUUAAAUAACAGAUUGAUUGAAACAAUACGAGUUAUUUAGGUCUCACCUCGCUCGUAUCUUAAGAGCGCAAAGCAUCGUCUUAUCAUUACUGUAUAUUGAAGGUAAAGUCCCCCGCAUUCACGGCUAAUAGCAACGAAUCAUACGACUACACUGUCUUGGGCGCGACUUGUCCAAUCAUUGUUUGUGUACAACAACAUCGGUGACCCCUUUAUCAUCACCUGUUUAUAUAAAUUUCCUCCAAUCUAAAAACGACAAUAGAAACGUGCCCAUCGACAAUGGCCUCACCAGUCGUGAUAAUGAGUUUCGCCAGUAAAGAAGAGCAAGAACAUUAAUCUUUCAAUCACAAUAUCAGUAGAAUGGCUAGCGAUUUAAGAAGUGCCGACAAAACCGUUCCCGAAAUCGGAAGUGUCAGCAGCGUUAGCGGCAAUACCAUGGCCGGCACAAUGCAGCAGUCCACCCGCACCGAAAUGCGCCCUGUAAAGUACCACUACGCGGACUCAUUCUGGUGUACCUAUUUGAUUUCGGUGUUCGCAGCCAGUAUUGCCGAAACGGUGACCUACCCGCUGGAUUUAACUAAAACGCGAUUACAAAUUCAGGGUGAAUCCAGCGCUAUGACCGACGCGAUCAAGAAGGUUAAACAUCGUGGCAUGCUUGCAACCGCCAGCGGAAUCAUACGGGAGGAAGGAGCCAUGAAAUUAUGGCAAGGCGUUACACCAGCACUCUAUCGCCAUGUAGUUUACAGCGGAGUUCGAAUCGUGACCUACGAUGCCCUGAGGAAAAAGCUUCGCAAUACCAACAACGAUUUCGUACUGUGGAAAUCGGCCCUGGCAGGUGUCGGAGCCGGAGCUCUGGCGCAGUGGUUAGCCUCACCCGCUGAUCUAGUCAAAGUGCACGUCCAGAUGGAAGGCAAAAGGCGCUUACUGGGAUUGGAACCGAGAGUGCACGGGGCAGCUCACGCAUUUCGCGAAAUAUUAAGUCGUGGUGGAAUAUCAGGGCUGUGGAAGGGCAGCGUACCGAAUGUACAGCGUGCGGCACUGGUUAAUUUAGGAGAUUUGACGACCUAUGAUACGGUAAAACGAUUCGUAAUGAAAAAGACCGGUUUGCCAGAUUGUCAUCUGGUGCAUAUAAUGUCUUCGAUUUGUGCCGGAUUGGUUGCCGCUACUAUGGGUACGCCUGCAGAUGUUGUGAAGACUCGAAUUAUGAAUCAACCCACCGAUUUAGAUGGGAGAGGACUUCUAUACAAAGGAUCCUUAGACUGUCUUCAACAGACAAUUGCCAAAGAGGGGUUCUUUGCACUGUAUAAAGGUUUCCUACCUGUAUGGAUUCGUAUGGCACCAUGGUCACUGACGUUUUGGCUUUCCUUCGAGCAAAUCCGCACUAGUCUUGGGGCUGGUGGAUACUAGAUGAUAUUGAGGAUCGUUAAUUUUUUCACUGUUCGAAUUGUGAAAGUCUUUAGCAACCAAGUUCAAAGUUCACAUGGAUACAUACUAGACCACAGAUGCGAUAGAAGGCACAAUUAUACAGCUCGAUAGCACAACAGACAGUAGAGAAGACAACUUACACUCAUAAUCUAUCUUUUCUCGGCACAGUAAAAACACACCAACGAAAAGUGCCAUUUACACAUUAGUUACAGGCUUAUUACUAAAUGUUAUGUUCUUUCUUCAGCAUCGUUACAAUCUUAUUUUUGCUACAUCCUCCAUUCUAAAACAUAUCAUUUCCUAGGGAUCUUACAACUUGUUCCAAACCGUUGGUUGAAGAAGGGCUAUAAUUUUGAUCUGUGAUUUAGUCUGUAGUCACUAGUCUUAAGAGUAUACAACCAAUUUCUAUAGGCUGAAUAUGAGAUCGAACGACUCGAUCUGAAUUAAAAACAAGUAGCAAAAAUACCAAACAUAUUGAAAAUAAUCUGAUAGAUAAAUGUAGUGUUCAUUCAUAAAUACAGUUCUUAAGCAAACAUUGCGAAACGCAAUUCCUCAGGGAGGGCAAUUUCCAUCAAUAUUUCACGUUUUUUGAAAUUAUUCUACACAAACUGAUUCGGAUUUAUUCCCAAUUAUGCUAAUUGGUUCGCGUCAAAACUUUGGUUCUCGAUGAUGAUAAUAUUUCAAUAUACCGGUUUUCUCUCUUAACGCUUAUUUCUGUUCGAAAAAAAAACACUGCAUGCCACUCUUUUUUGACGACUCCUAUUUGACUCAUCAGUGCAUGCUGGGUUGGUAAUGCCUCCUCACGGUACAAUAUAUACCGCUAAACAGAUGCAACGUUAGUUAAUGGUAUUUGCAAUACACUUGAUUUGAAGCAAAGCGCACCGUCCUUCCUGUUAUACGAAAGCAAGUGACAACUUCGUGCACCAAGCAAGAGACAGGUUUUGAUAUCACGAUGGUAACCCGUUUGUGCUUAGUGCACAUGAGUUUUACAUAUGGUACGAAAACCUCUGAAUGACGUCACAUGUUUCCAUUCGGCACGUUAGAAAGAAAGUUAAGUAGCACUUCGGUGCAAAACGAGCAUUUUGCAAAUAGUAGGUGGUAUUUGCAGUUCAUCAUAAACUGCAAAUGCACGGAUGAGACGAAGACGAAACAUACAGAGUCAUGUACUCUAAACACGAACCGGUUACCCACGUGGUACCAAAUGUCCCUAAAUAACCAAUUAACAAAACUUGCAGUUUAUUUGAGAUGUCUUGCGCUAAACCGAAAUACUUAAAAAACAACCAACUUGAGACAAUACCAGCUUUUUGACACUAUUAUCAGAGGAAGUUAAUUUGUAUUCGGAACAAAUUUUAUAUUAUUUUCCCAGGAUUUGUCUAGCAAGUAACGCGACUACCGACUAGAGUUGUACUGGGCAGUAUAGUACUGUAAUACCCCGCCCAACCUCCUAAACUACUUAUACAAUGAAAUUAUGGUUGAGCAAAAAAACAAAAUUUCAAGUCGUUUCUCACCAACUUAAUAGACAGUAAAUUGCCUUGCAGACAUAUAUAAUAAAAUGAUUAACUGACUUAUAAAA